AUGGAUCACGCAAGACGCAGGAAAUAUGCCUUGGUAGCAUGCUUCUUGCACGCUAUCUCUGCUUUCCUCAUUUUUGUCAGUGAAAUCUACCAUUUCUUGGUACUGCCAAUACUGGCACAAAGUGUAACACAAUUCGUUAUCCACCAUAAAUUGGCUAGUUAUUUGGUAGGCCUAAUACCUUUCGUGACUGCCGUACUGCAAUUGUUUAUGUUGGCAGUCCAUGUUUACUCGAUAAUUGCUUUUGCCGAACAACGAGAAGCUUAUUCGAGAUGGACUUCGCAGCAUCUUAAGCUGUUAAUAUCGGUUCUAAUGAUCUCACUCAUUUUCUCCUUAUUCAUCACUGUUGUCACCAUCAUUUAUUAUCGAAACUUCGAUACUUUCUUAAAAAUUGGGAUAACUAAGCGUAUGAUCCGCUUUAGUACAAAACCAACAGAUCGUCAUGAAAUGAAUUGGUUGCAAGGGUUUUUCGAAUGUUGUGGUGUUUUUGGUUAUGAAGACUGGUUACCUCUAACAGCCAACAAUAAUUUAUUAGAAUCCCAACUGAUAACCGAUGGGAAUCAGUGGUCUCAUUGCACGAGGAAUGGCUGCUAUUUGCCACAUUCAUGUUGUGUAAGGAGUCAGUUGAAGUGUUCUCCACUAAUUCUGCUACAAAAUUAUACAAAAAACGAAGAAAUCGGUAAACACACAGCCAAAGAAUGGUUUUAUUUUACAGGUUGUUUCAGUGAAGUUAAACGCAGAUUGUCCAUCGUUCUGCUUGUUGCUUUUUCCGUCUUUAAUUUCAUAAUACAGUGCAUUACUUUGUUAUAUUCACAAAUUGCUUCUACAAGUUAUGCUAUGAUCGGUGAUUGUGGUGCCGAAGAUGCUACUGCCGUACUUCCCGCAUGGAUUUUGCCAUUUCCGCCGCCAUUUCCACAAACUAUUGUUAAAAAGUAUCAAAAAUUGGUGAAGCAAGGACGUAAUUUUCAUGAUUUUCAAGAACUGGUAACUUGA